GUGUGUAUGUACAUAUGUAUCUGCUGUUAUCUAAAAUGCGUUUAAUUAAUUCAAGUUUGCCACAAGCUGUUUAUAUAAACCAAUUUAAUUGCAAAUAAUUAAAUACGUCUUUAAUCUCCAGCGUCCAUAAAAUUUCUAAUAUCGCAAAUAAUUGCAAAAAUUAUCCAACACACCCCGCCAAAUAAUACACACACACACACCACAAUUUCAAACAUUUAAUCCACUUUCGAUUGCAGUUGCUAUUCGCCGACACAUCACAAAGUAUCGCUGCGUCUUGUCGGGUGCUCACUACUGUCCAGCCGCCAACAUCCAGUCGUUAAUCCACCCAUACAUACAUACACAUACGCGCUUAGUAUUGCACAUACCCACUUGCCUUGUUGAGUAGCUCUACGUGUUGCGGCAUUAUGGAGUACAAAUUGAUUACUGAAGACCGUUACGACGAUGUCAUUCGACAUUUAUGUGAUAAUUUCUUUGCCGAUGAGCCACUUAACAAGGCGGCUGGUUUGUGUCGCCGUGGUGAGGGUCAUCGCGAGUUGGAACAACUUUGCUACGAGACACUUAAGGAUAAUUUGAGUUUAAUGGCUGUGAGCGAGAAUAACGAUAUUGCCGGUGUCCUCCUUAAUGGCGUCGCCUGUCCGCAUGAUAUUAUGCAAUUUCAGGAGCGUAUUGAACUGAGUGAUGACGAGCGCUUUAAAAAAAUAUUCCGCCUCUUGAACGAACAUAAUUUGCGUGCCAAUAUUUUUGGACAAUUCAAUGUAGGACGUGCUUUUGAGGUGCGUAUGCUUUCUGUGGAUGGCCGCUUUCGUGGACAGGGAAUUGCCAAAGAACUGGUGCGACGGAGCGAGCAAAUAGCACGAGAUUUUGAGUUUAAGCUCAUGAAAGCCGAUGCAACGGGUAUAUUUUCUCAAAAAAUCUUGCAAUCAAACGGCUUUAAAGUUCUAUGCGAACUAUAUUAUGACAAAUACACAGAUGAAUUCGGUAAGCCAUUGCUGCUGGUUGAAGCACCGCAUAUUAAGUUACAGUUACUAUACAAAUUUUUGGAUUAGAGAAAAUAGUAACGCAGUGUAGUAAAAAAAAAAAAAAACAAUUUUACAAUUAUACAUAGCCACAUAAAAACCAUUAAAUAUAAACUAAGAAAGAACACGAUAAGAAAAAUAGAUUUUUUAGAAGUAGUUCGAGCUAAAAAAAAAAAAAAAUAGUUCAGUAUUUUUUUAACUACUGUAUGCCAACGAAUAGAUAAGAGCUGAUGGCCAAUUUCCAUUAGGCAAUAAACGCCACAAAGGUUAAUCACAAACUUGGGAAUUUUCUCAAGUAGCUUUUUAAAUUUUCAAACAUAUUUUUUAUAUAAAUAAAUCUUAAAAGCUACUUGAGAAAACGACCCUAAGUAUGUUUACUAGAGCUCGGGCAAUUCGGUUAAUCGAUUAACCGAAUUAUUCGAAUCUGACUGAAGUCGACUACUGUUAAUCGGUUAGCAAUAUUCGAGUAGUCGAAAGCUGUCGACUAUUCGGAUAACCGUUCACUUUAGAUUAUUCGGCUAACCGUUCAUUUUCGGUUAAUCGAAUAUUUUAAGUUCGAGUUUUUUUUUGCAUUUACAGAUACAUAUACAUAUAUGAAAAGUCUUGUUACAUUCGUAGUACAUAUAUAA